GUUAGGUAACUGAAGUGCAAGGCAGUCACAUUGUCAAGGCAGCCCGCAAGGCGUCUUUUCUUUCAAUCUCGAAAACACGUUAUCUCAUCAUAUAGUCGUCUUGGAUAAGAGCAGUGUAUAUUGCCGCUGGAAUUAUGGUCCAAACCCCUUAUUACGCCGGCAAUCAUCCGCCACCCCUAUUCGUCGCUGAACUUGACAGUGAGCCAGGACGUCCCAGUGAUGCCCCGUCACACCAUAGGCCAGAUGGGACACCUGUGUUCGAGAUGAGCGGCGAGCCAGUGCUUCCGCAACAUGAUCAAGAUGGAAACCAAUCUAGUCUUUCUAAUCAGUGGCCAUCGUCCCUUCAGGCCCCGGGUGUGUCCAAACCAACGCAACAAGGCGAAGAGCACCAGAACAAGCCAAGCAAAGACCCAUCCACUGCAUCCCAAUCUGUCAUGGCCAAUCCCUGGGCAUACUUCGGACCUGAAUCUUCGGAUGAUAAGUUUAUAGAGACACAACGACCUCAGACAGACAGUCAUCGACCCUCAGAGCCAGUGUACAGACCUUAUCCUGGCGAUAGCGAUGCCAGCCCUCCAGAGGUUACUCAUGGCACACGGCCAUCCACCAACCCUUCAAGCCCAGACCUCAAAAAUGAUGAUCAUACCUUCUAUCCCGCACCUUUGAAGCUUGCCCAUCGUCCUGCCAAUGCAACUUCACCUCCUGCCUUCAAGGCGUACGUUCCUCCAGUGUCCCAGGAUUCAUCAGAUUUAGAGCCCAAGCUUUCAGGCCGGCCUGAUAGGACCGACUCGCAGUCGCCAACGGCUCUAAACGCAUAUCGGCCAUAUAGGCCACAUUCGCCUCAGCCUCCUGCUUCAUCCGUACCAACAUCCAGUACUCAUCCUGCCGCCGCAUCCCAUACUCAGAUUGCUCCUCCUGCAUCCCCUUCAAACAUCCCCCAACAGCAACCACCGGGGACAGUUGCCAACCAAGUCAAUUCGACAAUACCGCCGAGCCAGCCUCCAAAUCCCCCAGCUUCGGGUGCUACUCUGCCAAAGCCAGCUGCCAGUCUUCCUACCUCCCCGAGGCCUCAAACGCAACAACCGGAAUCACAGCCGCAACUCCAGUAUGGCAUUCCUAACGCUGCUCCGGCCCAACCAAUGCCCCCAUCCGCGUCGACCUAUCUUCCCUCCCCAGUGACCCCUUCGGGCCAGUUAUCCUCAGUCGUUUCUCCACCAGCAACUCCUGCGACGAAUGCUGGAGUUCCCUUCACUCAACCACAAUAUGCUGCUCACGUUGCUGUUCAGACGUACGCCCAGACACCUACAUCUCUAGUUGAUUCACCUUCAUCAGUUGCGUCACUAGGUCCAUCUUAUCAUGCUGGAGUGCCAUUUACACCGCAAUAUGCUAUCCCUGUUCAAGCGCAUAACUUUGGAUUAACCCAUUCCAACACAGCCGCUGCACAAGCCUCGGCAUCGGUUAUGUCAAGUUCGGCCAGUAACUCAUCACAAUCCACUCCGGUUCAGUUCAACUAUAGUGUCCAACAGCCAACUUAUUCAACUCCAGUAGAACCAGCGCAAAGCACUUUGAAUCAAGCAUCCCCUCCUCCACCGACCCCUUAUCAACAAGCAAUUAUUGCAGGUCCCAAGGUACAGCAAACACAUGCCCAACAGUCGAAUACAGGACCGUAUAGUACACCAGCACCGACAGUAAUCCCACAAUCACCCCCGCCUCCAUAUGCGGCUCAGGACACCAGCUUUGGAGCUGGAGCACAACCACCUGGACCUGGAAAUUCCAUGAUGUACCAACCAUCUCCAACUGGUCCUUGCCCUCCUCAGCCUCAUUAUUCUACCCAAUCUUCCUACGCUCCGGCUGCGAGUCCCCCUUUGCCGAGUCACUUAGGAAAUAGCCUCCAGCCUCCGGCUCUCCCUCCUAGGCCUUCCUCAUCGCAAGGCUUCGCUCCCACAUCAGGUUUCGGUGCAGGUCCUGCUGGCUAUAACCCAGCGAGCUAUCCUCGUCCACCCCAAACAUAUUUCGCACCUCCCCCUGCGCUGCCGCCACGACCUGGUCUUGGAAAAUUAGCUGGUGGCGGCGGAAAGUUAUUUGGCAGCAGCUCCGCAGAUAAGUGGUUAAAGAAGACGGGGCAGGUAUUGGAGAGCACGCUGGCACCAUAUCUUCAAGGACAGUCAGGGCAAUCAGCAUCCUUUCGACCGGGCUCCAAUGGUUUGCAAGGACAACAGGGACAACCGAUGCAGCAAGCACCAGGCCAGUAUCCCUCUCAAGGCCACCAUUUCCAUGUACCUCACUUGGCUCCUCAGUAUAGAGGUGCUUCAGAAUCGGGACAUCCACCACAGGGACCCAGUACACCAGGAUACUAGAUGAUUCUAUCUAUUUAACUCCCUUGAAGCACGUACAAUUUUAGUAUACUUUAGCAUCCAGUUAGUUAGUCAUGCGUGGCCCAUAACAAAAGGGACCUGGUUUAUUAUAAGACAACAAAUUCCAUAUGCAUGUCUUUAUAAUGGAUGCGACCAGGAGGGCGCAGCUUUGAUUCCUGUGCUCAUCUGAGAGAUAUUAUCUCCUUCAUUAUAUGAAUGUUGAGCACCUUAUCGAAAAUGAGCGGCUUGAUUCCACAGACG